AACAAAACCACACAAAAAACGGAUAACAAAUCAAAUCAAUUAUUUAUUGAGUGCUUUUGUGUCAAAACAACUGUUUUUGUAUUUUUAUACAUAAGAAAGACAUCAAAAAGUAAUCCAAAACUUUUUCUGUGGAGAGUUUUUUGAUGCCAUUAUUUUUGAACCAAAAAAACUGAUCACAAAAAGUAAACCCAAAACUAUAGUGAGAGUGAAGUAGUGAUGAAGAAGUUCUUUGGUUUUGCGCGCCGGAAGUCCUCGUCGUCGCUGAAGGGUCUGAAUCCGCGCCGAUUCUCGAUCGGGUCGUCGGCGUCGUCCACACUACAGAUCCAAGUGGUGAGAGGCGGCUAUAAUGUAGAUCUCGGGAAAGUGGACCAGAGUUUCACGAAACUACACAAAGCGGCGCUUCUGAAUGACGAGGAAAAGGUCCGCAAAUAUAUCAAGAGUAUUGAUGUGAACGCGAGGGACAGCUCCGACCGCACGCCUCUACACUUGGCCACAGUUAACGGCAAUCUGAAGAUCAUCCGUACGCUGAUAGAGGCGGGCGCUCACGUGAACGCUCAGGACAAUGACGGUAAGGCACCCAUCGUUAAGGCCAUUGAGUGCAAUCACGAAGACUUGGUCCAGUUCUUCGUGUGUGUGGGCGCCGACACGGAAGUGGCCGACUAUGAGACGGGCAAUACUCCACUGCAUUGGGCGCUAUCGAUGGGUGCCGUGAAAGCGGCCCAAUAUCUGCUGCGAAACGCCAAACAACUGGAUGUUAACAAACGAAACAAUCAAAACGAGACGUGUUUGCAUUUAGCGGUCAAAUUACCCCAGAAUUGCGUUAUUCUGGAGGACCUGAUAGCCAACGGCACACAUCUGGACGCCAGGGAUGACCGGCAGAAGACCGCUUUGAUGAUCGCCACCGCCAAUGAGAAUCUUCAGGCGGUGAACACGCUUUUGAAGUACGGAUCCAAUACUUAUUCGAGCGACGAAGACAUGAGACACUCGAUUAGUGUCAACAGGAAUAAUAUGAAGAAUAACAUGAGAACCUUUCAGUCCCACGAAACGGAUAGCGCCGACUCCUGGCCCGACACCGAAGACGAGGACAGUAAUUAUGAGCGCCCGAUGUCUAAGGAGUCCAAUAAAGCCCGAAAGGAGUCCUUCAAAAGCAACUCUUUUCGAGUCUCUAGUCUUGUCGACGAAACUAUUGUCGAAGAAUUGAAAACCGAUGACAACAACGAUAACGACGAUUAUGUCAUCUGUAAGCCAAGCACUAGUCGUGAGGAAAAUGUUGGCGAUAUUACCGAAACGUCCAAAGAUAUUAAACUCAUUUGGAAUCAGUCUUCGAGUUCUUCCGACGACGAAGACGUGAACAAUAAAGUGUCCGAAAGCGGAACGUUAGGCAAAAUCGAUACAUUGAAACAAAGGGAAGAGGUUUUGGUGAAGAAUGCCAUUAAUGAGAAACAGAAUCAACAAUUCUUGGAUUCCGAUCCUUUCAACGUCGAUGUUAUGGACGAAUUGGAAAUGUUGUUAAUACAGGAGACACACGACGGAAACGUCGACUUUAUUACCCAAAUGAAGACUCUUUUGGAUGAAGACCCGCCACCGCCUCAGACGACCCCCAAUCGCGUACAAUCGCCUCCAACACAACCCCUUCAGUCAACACCACUUAAAAUACCAGUGAAUAUGAAACCACAAAAUACAGACAAUGUUAAGAAAAACAGUGAAAGACAUGAGGUUUUUAGUGAUAAAAACGACACCAAACAGAGCCCUACUAAACAAAGUGCUACAAACGGUUCUCACAAUAUACCCGUUCAUAAGUUAAGGCGUGGCAGUAAUGUCGACAUCAAAGACAACGUCAAGGAGAAGAAAAUAAUACUGGAAGAGGUUCGACGAAGAAGUGUUGAAUUGAAGACCAAAACGGAUGAAUCGAGUGCCGCAGCGAUGGAAGACCACAGAAGACGGAGUUAUGCCGAAGUUGUGGCCCAAAAGGGAGGCAAACAGGCGUUCAUGGAUGAGCUGAAGAGCAGUAUUAGUGCCAGAGCUAAGAGCUAUGCGGACGUUGUCUCGACUUCGAGUAAUUCAGAGUUCGAGUCAAUAAAAGAAACAAAGAUUCCUAUUCUUAGAGUGAACUCUCAUUUAUCGCCAUUAAAGCAAAGUUUGCGACAAACGGUUAAUCAAUCAAACGGUUCGCCGAAACACAAUCAAAAUAACGGUUUCGCGAGACAAACGCCGAUUGAAACCAAUUCCUACAUCACAUCUAAUAAUAGUAACACUAAUAUCAAUAGUAAUACUAAUAUGAAUAAGAGUUUAUCGAAAAUUCCGUUACCUAUGAGACAGUCAUCUGUAGAGCAAAUCAGGUCUUCUCACACAUCAGAAUCGACGACAUCUGAGGACUCGAUUGUGAUGGAAGACGACGUGAGAGUUGACUCCUCGCCAACAAAGACCUCAUUGAAUGAAUCAGCGAUGAAGUCAAACGGAAAGGCAAAGAGCGGAGCCAUUCGGUCGUCUAAAUUGAGACGAAGAGUAAACGAACUGAACGAAGAACUCAAGAGAGGUCUGACAGAGAAGUCUUUGUUGUCGUCUGAGAACGAGUCGAUUCGCAAACAGUUAUUAGAAUUGAAUGAAAGGAUCCAAAGAGAGAGUUCACGUAAUUAUGAAUUGGAGAAGAAGUUAAUCAAAUUGGAGUCAGAGCUGAACCAAUAUAGGGUUGAGUGCGAUAUGAAGUGCAAAGAGAAUAAUGCAAUUAAGUCUGAAUUACAACUAAUUGUCGAUAACUUCGACGACAAUCAAAAACAGUGCCGUUAUUUAGAAGACGAGAAUCAAAAGAUGAAAAGUCAAAUCAAAUCAAUGAAAUACGAGGAGGAAGUGUUGCGCCAGAAGUUGACGCAACAGACCCUUAGCGCACCCAUCGGUGUCUGCAAUCACGAAGACUUAGUGAUCGGUUGGAAGUCGAAAGUGGAUGGACUCCACUUCGAGAACGACAGACUCAAAGAGGAGACCGAAGAACUCCAGAGAAUAUCCAUUGAGAAGCGGUUAGAAUACGAACGCGAGCUCUUCGAGUGGCAGAAACGCAAUCUCGACAUCGAAUCCGAUCUCAAACGACUUCAGCUUGAAAUGCAAGUCAACUCAAUUAAGCCGACGCCCGAAGAGCAGAUCGAACUCCUCAAAGCCGUCAGAGAUUUGAAUCAACUGAUGGCUAAACUCGACGACCGCAUCACCAGAAACGAAGAGAGCCAACAACUGUCGAAGGCUCGCAACUUCAACGAAGAGAUGUUCGAAUGCGCCCGAAAUCUAUUGGAUCAGAUGCGCGAAGAGUUGUCUAAUUUCAAAGACAUGCUUAAAAACACAGCCAAUAGAGAGAAUAAUAGCGAAACCGAUGAAAAACAGUUGACCGCAUUCGAGUCCCGAAUCGCCGAAUUGAGGUCUUCGUUGGAGAGACUCGAAGAUCAGAUCCAAUCGCAAGAACUGCAACUCUUCCGUCAGUCAGACAUCAUUUCGUUCGCCACACCAUUGCGUAAGUCGUCGUCGUCUCGGGAACUGUUCAUCUCGACCAGCAAUAAGCCCAAGAGUUGGUUCGUCCAGACGUUAUUCCGAUUGCAAUCACACAUACAGUCGACGACACCGAACGGCGACUCAAUCACUGCAUUCGUUCACCAGAAGACACGACUGCAGAAACAGAUCCACGAAUUGAAAUCGGAAUUAGGAAUAUUCGCCGAAUCCGUCCAUUGAAUGCAAAUUAUUAAAUGAUUUUCAAUAAUCACUGAAUUAUCAAAUGUUUUAAAUUAUCAAUACUUCCAAAGCAAACAAUUUCGAC